AUGGCGCCACCUAUCCAGCCAGCAACCAUGACACUGAGACAACAGAAGGAUCCCGUUUCAAAAGUUAUCCCAAGUCAAGAGUUCGCCAUCACAUCUCCCUCCGACCAGAUCUCUCAGUCCUACUGGUCUGGUUAUGCUGUUGCUAGUCAACCUGACACUCAACAAGACUAUUCUCAAUGGCCCGGAUAUGCCUUUACUACCAAUGCUACUCAGUCCGGGAUUCAGCAGGACAAUUCUCAAUGGCUGGUAUAUGCCUUCCCCAUUAAUGCUAGUCAUUCCGAGACUCAGCAGGACUAUUCUCAGUGGCCCGGAUAUGCCAUUCCCCCCAAUGCUAGUCAGUCCGAAAAUCAGCAGGAGUAUCCUCAAUGGCCCGAGUAUGCCAUUCCCAAUAAUGGUGGCCAGUCUGAAACUGAACCCAAUUAUUCUCUGUGGCCCGGAUAUGCCAUCUAUGGCGGUAGUAAUCCAGCUGAGACUCAACAAGAAAUCUCGUCACCCACGUACGUUUCCUCGACUCCUGCGAUCGACUACACUUAUUUUACAACUGUACCAUACGAUUCCUCCACUACACCUACAAGCUGCCAUUCCACUGACUUCGAUGGGCCGACCUGUUGGGCCUUCGUACAAUACGCUCAAUGGCCAAUAUCAGUCGCUAUCAGGAACGGACACGGUAGAGUCGGGCCCGUCCGCAACUAUAGGGAAAUCGACAUGUGA